AGACGGCAUCUCUGCGACACACUGUGCAAGGAGAUAGAGAAACGUGGGUCUCCAUUGGGAUUUUCUCCAGGCUCAGUGAAACUCAAUCCGCUUUCUCCUCCUUGUUCCAGGAGCCUCCGAAGUCUGCUAAAAGCACCACAAAAUCCAGUGGUGGCAGCAGCGGGAAGGAUGGAGGGGCAGAGAAUUCAGAGGAGGUCCAGCAGCAGCAGCAACAGCAAACAACUUCAAAUAAGCGACCCAGUAAUAGUGCCCCCCCACCAACACAGCUGAAUAAGAUCAAGUACUCGGGAGGACCCCAGAUUGUAAAAAAGGAGCGACGACACAGCUCCUCUCGCUUCAACCUGAGCAAAAACCGGGAGCUACAAAAACUCCCUGCCCUUAAAGAUGCUCCCCCUCAUGAACGAGAAGAGCUGUUCAUACAGAAGCUGCGACAGUGCUGUGUUCUCUUUGACUUCAUCUCUGACCCGCUCAGUGACUUGAAGUUCAAGGAGGUGAAGCGGGCAGGUCUCAAUGAGAUGGUGGAAUACAUCACACACAACCGCGAUGUCAUCACUGAGGCCAUCUACCCUGAAGCUGUAAUCAUGUUUUCAGUGAACCUCUUCCGGACACUGCCCCCUUCAUCCAACCCGACAGGAGCUGAAUUUGAUCCUGAGGAGGACGAACCUACACUAGAGGCUGCCUGGCCACAUCUCCAGCUGGUGUAUGAAUUCUUUCUACGGUUUCUGGAAUCACCUGAUUUUCAGCCAAAUGUAGCCAAGAAAUAUAUUGACCAGAAGUUUGUUCUGUCAUUACUGGAUUUGUUUGAUAGUGAAGAUCCCAGAGAGCGAGACUUUCUCAAGACCAUUUUGCACAGGAUUUAUGGAAAGUUCCUGGGCCUGCGAGCAUAUGUGAGACGGCAGAUCAACAACAUAUUUUACAGGUUUAUCUAUGAAACGGAGCAUCACAAUGGGAUUGCAGAGCUACUGGAGAUCCUGGGCAGUAUAAUCAAUGGGUUUGCUUUGCCUCUGAAGGAAGAGCACAAGAUGUUCCUCAUUCGAGUGUUGCUACCUUUGCACAAGGUGAAAUCACUGAGCGUCUACCACCCGCAGUUGGCGUACUGUGUGGUGCAGUUUUUGGAAAAGGACAGCAGCCUGACAGAACCAGUAAUUAUGGGCUUGCUGAAGUUCUGGCCAAAAACACAUAGCCCUAAGGAAGUGAUGUUUCUCAAUGAGCUGGAGGAGAUACUGGAUGUGAUUGAGCCCUCUGAAUUUGUGAAAGUUAUGGAGCCUCUCUUCAGGCAGCUGGCCAAGUGCGUCUCCAGCCCACACUUUCAGGUGGCAGAGCGGGCGCUGUACUACUGGAACAAUGAAUACAUCAUGAGUCUGAUCAGUGACAAUGCAGCCAAAAUUCUCCCUAUCAUGUUCCCAGCAUUGUAUAAGAAUUCCAAGAGUCACUGGAACAAGACCAUCCAUGGGCUGAUCUACAAUGCAUUGAAGCUGUUCAUGGAGAUGAACCAAAAGUUGUUUGAUGACUGCACACAGCAGUACAAGGCAGAGAAGCAGAAAGGGAGGUUCAGGAUGAAAGAGCGAGUAGAGAUGUGGCAGAAGAUUGAGGAGCUGGCCAGGCUGAAUCCCCAGUACCCCAUGUAUUAUGCACCUCCACCUUUGCCUCCUGUUUACUGCAUGGAGACAGAGACCCCAACUGCAGAGGAUAUACAGCUACUGAAGAAAACAAUGGAGACAGAAGCCGUGCAGAUGCUGAAAGACAUAAAGAAGGAGAAAGUUUUGCUGCAUCGGAAAUCUGAGCUUCCUCAGGAUGUCUAUACUAUAAAAGCCCUGGAGGCCCACAAGAGAGCAGAAGAAUUCCUCACCUCAAGUCAGGAGGCGCUCUGACGGGCUAGGGAACUGCCCUGGGAGGCCUGGCCCCCUGGGAGGCCUGGCCCCCUUUGCUCCCCCCAGGGGUUACACAAAAAUGCACUUGGUUCUAAUGUAUAACUAGGGAAUGAACAUGGUGAGCUGUGCCUGUCCUCCACCCCAUUCUCAUCCUUUCAGGGUAGAUUUGGUUUUACGUUGUACCUUGUAUCUCAUCACUUUGUCACAUCCUUCUGCUUUUUCCUCUAAGGCUGUUUUUUGUGUGCACGUGCAAAGGGAGUUCACCCGGUCCAUGUCUAUAUCAUUCCAGGCAGGAAUAAUAUAAUUUCCUGCUGCUUACUGAACCAAACCACAGCCUGGGACCAAAGCCUCUUGAAUUCUAUGUCUGGACUGAAUUUUCCAGCCAUAAAAUACAAUGUGGUUCUUCCCUGUCCAUGUAUUACCCUCCAUGCACAGCCCUGUACAGCAGAGAGCCCCAGAACUGAAAGACAGCAGAUGCUCAAGUUGUUUGGAUCUUGUCCUUCAUCUGGACAGGAUAAUUCAAGAAGUGGGUUCUCAAAGGCUGCCUCCAGUCAUAUUCUAGAUGUCCCAUUUUAGAAGUGGAUUUUCACCUCUGCCCUUGGGCAAUGAUUCCUCAAGUUCAGUUGUCUCAUGUAGCAGAAGCCUUGCUUGGUCUUCCUUAAUGGAGUCCCUCCAUUCUGUUCUCCUUUCUGGGAUGUGAGGCUAAUUCUUUCCUGGAUGAAGUACUUUGUAAUCUCUAGAUGAAAGCAUUAUGUAGGCACAAAUGCUACUAAAUGUAGGGAUAGGUUCCUCCUAUCCCUAAAACAAUCAGUCUCACCCUCUUUCCUGUAGAAAGUUCCCUGUAAGAUGCAUGUCAUCCAGGCUAUUCUAAGGAGCAAUUCCAUCCAUUCCUUCAGCCUUUUUGUUUUUCUCCUCAGUUUCUGAAAGCUUGUCAAUACCACUGAGGAAAUGAGGGGCCCCAAACUUAAUGUGCUAUUCCCAGGCAGUCACCAAAGGGUGAAUAUUACUUCUCUGCUGAAUCAACUCAGAAGUGGAACUGAUCUCCUUUGUUGACAUAUUGCAUCUGCACCCUACCUGUAUGCAGGCCAAGGUGUCCAGGAAGCUUGUGCCGAUUGCUGUAACUCACUGCAAGUCAAGUGACAGGCAUGUGUUAUGGGCCCAGGGUGAACUUGUGAGUAUUCAGUUGUCUCUGUGCUUUGGGGUCAUAGACAUAAUUAUUAGGAAUCAAUUGCUUCUGCAGGUGCUAUAAGGAGGGUUCAUCUUGCCCUAUCUAUACAAGCUUAGUUAGCUAUCUCAGCUGAACUCUAUUGUGGCAUCCAUGGCGGUCUGGGACCCUUGCUAGUUCUUACGUAGUGCAUCAAGGACCAGCUUUUAUAAGUAGGACUGCCAGUAGCCCAGGGCCUUCAUCCUGGCUAGUGGUUAGUAUGCUACAGUGUUUGGGCAGUUCUCUUGAGCGUUGUGCUCCAGAUGUCCCCCUUGCCUGGAAAAGCUAUUUUUUAUGGGCAGGGUAAAUUCACUGUUCUCCAUUACUUAUUUUUAAAUAAAAUGCUGGCCUUGCUUCUUUCUUAUAACAUAGCUCCUGAAUGGGUCAGCAGCAGCACUGUUGCUACUGGUCUAAGAGUUGCCUUCCAGAAUCAUGGAAAAAAAAAA